AUGGUGCUGGAAGGGCUGGUCGCGGCGCUCGUGCAGCAGUUCUGCUCCCGCUUUGUCAAGGGCUUUCGAAAGCAGAACCUGCGCAUCGAACUCUCGGGCGAAAUCACGCUCACUGACAUCGAACUCGAGCUUGAUACAUUCAAGUCCCUGCAGUUGCCGCUCGAGCCGAAAAGAAUUCACGUUGGCCACCUGCGAAGCAACUUUGUCGCCGCCCAUUUCUCAAACCAACCCUUGCAUAUGCAGGCGGAAGACGUGACAAUCCUUUUGGGGACACCAUCUUCGCUAACUACGCCAAUUACAACAACAGACGUCCUGGCCGACAUGGACGCCGCCCAUCAGGCGAAAAUCGAUUGGCUGAUGCGCUUGCUUGCCGAUCGCGACGACAUGGACGCUUCUCGAAACAGUCGACUUCCAGUAAACAGCCCACCAACGAGCCAUGGCGGCGCCAGUCGCUGGCUUCAACUCUUUCUUUGUGCAUUCGUGAGCCUCGAGAGGGUGCAUGUCCGGGUUGAAGCUGGGGCGACUAGCGCUGGCGUCCGCUUCGACGCGAUUCUAGUCCAGCCGGCCAACAAGCCCAACCCAACUCCCUCCGAUGCACCGCUGCCAGAACAUCCAACUGCGCUUUCCAAGUCGAUUCAAGUCGCAAAUGCGUCGUUAUAUGUUGAAGAAUCCAGGCGACACGCAAAGGAUAGCCCAAGCCACGACCAAACCACUGCAGUUGACGCUGCAGACGUGACCACACAUUGCAUUGUGUGUGUUGCGAGAGUGGAGAUCGAUCUCGCGAUUCACGAGAGCUCCAUGCAGGUCCAAGCCACGGUGUCCGUGCCGCCACCACCGGUCCGCGUCAAUUUGUCGCUGACGCAUUUGCAAGCGCUCUGCGCACUACUGCACACCCUGGACACAGCCAUACGCGCGAGCUUGUACCGCCGCUUUCGACCCGUCCACCGACCGAUCACGGCCCGCGCGUGGUGGCGCUAUGCGAUCUUUGCCACGUUGCUUCAACAGAAUGAUCCGGUGUUUCAACGGCCGUCGUGGCCGCGAACGAUCAACCUCGUUCUCGUGGGGCUCCAAUACACGGCAGUUCGUCGCGCCCUUCAGCCGUAUAUCGAGCGAACGCCAUUUGCAUCCAAGAAUGGCUACGUUUUCAACCAUGUUGAGCGCGUUCGCGUCGACGGCGUCGACGUCCCUGCGGUGCCGCUGGUGAUGACUGCUGCGCUCCACAACCUACCUAGUGCCGUGACGUGCUUUGGGAAUGCAGUGUUUGGUGGCCUUUAUGGCGUGAGGGGAAUGCAGAGCACCGUCCAGUCGGCUCCACGCGACCUGUCGAGUGAGCUCCACACCGCCAAUGCCGUCACCACACUGCAGCGCCUGUGGUCGAGGCAAUUGUACCUGGAUGCGUGCUUUCGACCGAUCGUCGCCGCCAAACUUCGCCUGCUUGCAAACGAGCAAUUGCGGAAACAAGAGCACGUUCGUAAUGUAGCCCAACACACGCACAACAAAGCGCGAGGCGCGCUCGUGGUGACGGUGGUGGAAUGCCACUGGCGCGACGGUGGCGUUCACAGCUCGUUUUUCGACACAGGGAUGGCCUUUCUCCACAUCAAAGUGGGCACCCGUGGCCGACCGUACAAUGGACCUCCCGUUCCUUGCCACCGCCACACGACAUCCCCAUCGUGCUGCAGCUGCAUCGCAGCCAACACCACCAUCGCGUGCGUGUUUGGUCAGUCGUUUGAGUUUCACCUGAAUGGCACACCGGAUGAAGACGUCGUGCACAUUGUGCUUUACGACAAAUGGAUCGUUCCGUACUUGCACCAAGCAAGUGCCACGGCGUCGCUGGCCAUCCCACCGUGCACGUCGACCAGCGAACCCUCCAGACAUGACGUGGCACUGCCACAGGACAGCGGACACGUGCACGUCCUCACAACAUUCCUCCCCCACGACGACGGCCUUGUCGACGGCGACGCUGUUCAAGCGGCAGUCCGGACGCAUGUCGAGCAAUUGCAUCAAGACGUACAACACACGUGGAUGUCGUGGUACACACCGCCCAUGCCUGGACAUGCCCAUGGCGUGCCAGACGCGCCGCCGCCUGCAUUGGAUACAGUCGCUGUCUCUGUCCCAGCCAUCCACAUCGAGAUCCAACUUGGCCAGACCGCGCAAACUUCCUUCAGCAUGCACCUCCACCAUGUCACAUGUCGACGAUGCAACAACGCGAAAGCCGAUGCGUUGCAAGUCCGGGUCGACGAAAUCCAGUGCCGUAGCUCGACCCCUGACAUCCCCUGGCUGCGCUCGACUACCCGUCCGGCGCUCCACGUCGCGCUAGCCGCGGCCACCAAGCAGCAUGCCGAGUCCACCUGGACACUCGGCUCCCUCCAUCUCACCACCCGUGUUCCAACGAUGUUAAUUCUGUACACAACCGUGCUGCAGUGGAAACAAGUCGCGCUCGACGUGCUCGCGAUGGUCGUGGCACCCAUCUACGGACCGUUUGGGCUUUGGGUAGCCCCCCCUGCAGUGCAUGUACCGCAGACUCCGGCCACGAUCACGACCCAUUUGGCCCUGGCACACGUGAGCGUGUGCGUCGAAGAGUUCGGGACGUUCUUCGCUGCGCCGUCCAAGCUCUUGAUGGUCACAAAGGGCAAUGCCACGUGCAUCACGAACGAAGCUGGUCGCCCCGUGGGAAGCCUGCAUUGGGAUUUGUGGCAACGUUUUCUCCGGCAUGUCGAGUGGGCGUGGAAUCAACCAGACUUGGCAGGCUCAAUGGACGGGCCCUCUCUCAUGGACGACGGGCACCGCCAGCCAAGUUUUCUGUGGAUGGCGCAAGGAAUUUCGGUUCUAAAGCACAAUUCCCGUCGCGGGUUGCCCCAGGAACGAACGCUCUGGCUCGGUGAUCGCUCCAUCUUCAUCGGGAAAAGUCGCUUCAAGACUGGUGGAGUCCGAGAGCUUCCGAUGCAUGAAAUUACCCAGCUCAUGGCUGGGCAAUCGUCGACGGCGCUGCGACGUACUGGCAGUCGUGAACGAGCCGCGUUGUACCUGACCCUGGUGCACCCAGCCCACACGGUCAGCCUCGAGUUUGCCGAGGUAGGCAUUCGGCAGCUUGCGCAGCGAACCCUCGCCGACGUCGUGGCCGCAUCUCGCGAGAGAAACAAUCCACGAUCGCAUGCAUAA